AUGACGCCGUGGCCACAGGCAUCUCCAGCCGAAGCCACGGGUGCCUUUGAUGCCCAGAAAGUCAAGCUGGAGGCAUGGCUAUCGCGGCUGUGGCAAAGCGAAAUGAUAGUCCAAUGGUGCCUGCCAGAGAAGCUUCGACAGCUGGAGGCAGACUUUGAACGUCGACGCGAUGAGAAAACUCAGCAGCUCGCUUUGGACAUGGAGAGGAGGAGCCGUACAGAUGCCGAGCGACAGGCCAGUGCAGUCGAUACACUCAUACCUAUAGCAAGAAUAUGGGAUCGAAUGCCGGGAGAAGCAAACUUGACCUUCAAUUACCGUGAGGUUGAAGAGAAACUGAAGAUGCGAACCCGGCUUGAGAAAGAAGUCGAAGAAAAGUUGAGACCAUCCGCAGCUGCCUUCGAACGCGAAGCGCGGGCAAAACUCGAGCGGGAGGCAGAGGAUAAAGUUAGAAGCCUGCUUCCCGACAUUGAGAAGACUGUCCAGGUGCGGCUCACGCUGCCUGACGUGGAGCGUCGCUUGCGAGCAGAGCUGGAAGAAGAAACGCGAGGGCGGCUGUCGGCUGAUCGCGGGCGCAUAGAAGAGGAGGUGCGUGCAACCAUGCAGAAGCAGGCAGAAGAAAAGUUCAGGAGUAUGCUCCCCGAGCUAGAAAAAGAAGCCCGCGCCAGGCUUGAGAAGCAGGCGGAAGAUGCAGCAGCCUCCGCACUGCCAGAGAUGGAACGGCUAGCUCGAGAGAAGCUGUCGGUUGAGGCGGAGGAGAAAGUGCGGGCGACGACGGCUGCAAGCAUCGAGAAGGAGGUUCGAGAUCGGCUUCGAAGGGAGGCAGAAGAGCGCAUCAAAGCCGAAGUUCCUGAAAUGGAAAGAGAAGCCCGCGAGCAGCUCGAUACAAACAAGGCGAUGGCUCUGUUGGCUUCUCUCAUGACCCGAUGCCCCGUCCGCACCUGCAGCCAUUGCCGUCCCAGUCCCAGCGCCAGUCGGACCCGCUGCAGCGCCUUGGCCUUGCCAGCUGCAGAGCAGCAGGCGCAGCUCCAGCAGAUGGAGAAGGACCAUCAGGAGAAGCUGCGACAGCUGGAGCUGGACUUCGAGCGUCGCUUCAGUGAGCGCACGCAGCAGUUGACGGCGGAGCUCGAGAGGAAGAGUCGGACAGAGGCUGAAAGACAGGUAGAGGAGAAGACAAAGAGCUUCCGUGAGCAACUGGAGAAGGAGAAGCCACCCGGACUGAUGGGACCUGAUGAAGUAGCCCAGCUGGUCGUGCAAUGUCCUUCAGCCAAGGCCGAGGAGCGCGUCAGAAGCUCGAUCCCGGAAAUUGAGCGUGCCGCGAAGGAGAAGCUGGAAAAAGAGGCAGAGGCCAAGGUGAGAGCUUCCCUGCCUGAACUCGAGUCACGCCUCCGAGAGGAUCUUCGUGAAAAGCCCGAUGCGGAUGCUGUCAAGGAUCUGUCGUCAGACCGAGUUCAGAUUGAAGAGGUGGCAAGAAAGCGCCUUGAGCAGGAAGCCGAAGAGAAAGCCAGGAGAGAGUUCCCUGACAUGGAACGAACUGCGCGAGAGAAGCUUCAGAAGCAGGCAGAGGACGCCGCUGCCGCAGCACUCACCGACCUGGAGCAGAAGGCACGUGACAAGGUGACCGCGGAGGUCGAGGAGAAAGUCCGGGCAACUGCCGCCAGCAUCGAGGCUGAGAUCCGAGAGCGUCUGAAGAAGGAGACGGAGGAUCGGCUGAAGGUAGAGCUCCCUGCUGUAGAGCAGGAGGUGCGUGAGCGCAUGCGGAAGGAGGAGAAGCUCGAGAGGGACGCUGAAAGUAAGGUGCGGCUGACGCUGCCUGACGUGGAGCGUCGCUUGCGAGCAGAGCUGGAAGAAGAAACGCGAGGGCGGCUGUCGGCUGAUCGCGGGCGCGAAGAGGAGGUGCGUGCAACCAUGCAGAUGCAGGCAGAAGAAAAGUUCAGGAGUAUGCUCCCCGAGCUAGAAAAAGAAGCCCGCGCCAGGCUUGAGAAGCAGGCGGAAGAUGCAGCAGCCUCCACACUGCCAGAGAUGGAACGGCUAGCUCGAGAGAAGCUGUCGGUUGAGGCGGAGGGGGUCUCGGAUCAGGAGAAAGUGCGGGCGACAACGGCUGCAAGCAUCGAGAAGGAGGUUCGAGAUCGGCUUCGAAGGGAGGCAGAAGAGCGCAUCAAAGCCGAAGUUCCCGUACCCCGGCGAUCCGGUGAUGGCUUUCUUGACUUCUCCCAUGGCCCGAUGUCACUGCCCCGUCCGCAGCUGCAGCCAUUGCCAUGCCACUGCCAGUCGGACCUGCUGCAGCGGCUUGGCUCCAUCGCGGCAGGGGUGGGUGGCAGGGAGAAGACCUGUUUCAUGUUGGGACCUGUGCAGGCAGAACAACAGGCGCAGCUCCAGCAGAUGGAGAAGGACCAUCAGGAGAAGCUGCGACAGCUGGAGCUGGACUUCGAGCGUCGCUUCAGUGAGCGCACGCAGCAGUUGACGGCGGAGCUCGAGAGGCAAGUGCACUGGAAGGUUGCGGAGCCUGAGCCGUGCAUCAACAUGUCCGUAGAGGAGAAGACAAAGAGCUUCCGUGAGCAACUGGAAAAGGAGAAGCGAGCGACCCUGGAGAAAGAGGUUGAAGACAAGCUGCGCCCGUCAGCCGCGGCGUUCGAUCGGGAAGCGAGGUUACGUCUUGAGAAGGAGGCCGAGGAGCGCGCCAGAAGCUCGAUCCCAGAGAUUGAGCGUGCCGCGAAGGAGAAGCUGGAGAAAGAGGCAGAGGUCAAGGAGUCUGCAGAGUACGUGCUGGCCUGCGUUCCAGCAGCAGUUGCUUGCUUCGCCCGCAUGCGCACCUUCAAUGCCACCGAUAGGGUCUUCUGUUUCAUGCACUCGAUUCGCAUGCAGUUUGAUCUUGGCUCUUGCGAGGAGCUCGAUGCAGACGCCCGCAAGCGUUUGUCGGCAGAGCGAGUGCAGUUCGGCUUCGUUUUGAUGAUGAACGGUUCGAUUUCCAAGAUGCGGUUCAUAGAUUCGGUUCAUCGGUUCGGUUCAGAGGCCGAAGACGCUGCUGCCACAGCACUCACGGACCUGGAGCAGAAGGCCCGCGACAAAGUCACCAUGGUCGAGGAGAAAGUCCGGGCAACUGCCGCCAGCAUCGAGGCUGAGAUCCGAGAGCGUUUGAAGAAGGAGACGGAGGAUCGGUUGAAGGUAGAGCUCCCCGCUGUAGAGCAGGAGGUGCGCGAGCGCAUGCGGAAGGAGGCCGAGCAAAGAGAGCUCAAUGCAGAUGCCCACAAGUUGGCAUUUGUCGAUCGAGCUCAGAUUGCCCCUUGCCUGGAAGCAGAGGACGCCGCUGCCACAGCACUCACGGACCUCGAGCAGAAAGCCCGGGACAAGGUGACCAUGGUGGUCGAGGCAGAAGGGAGUCAUGCAAGCCAGAUGCCUGGUUCGCUGCACACGUGCCUUCAGGAGAAAGUCCGGGCAACUGCCGCCAGCAUCGAGGCUGAGCGUCUGAAGAAGGAGACGGAGGAUCGGCUGAAGGUAGAGCUCCCUGCUGUGGAGCAGGAGGUGCGUGAGCGCAUGCGGAAGGAGGUUGAGCAAAGAGAGCAGCUUCGAGCAUUUCGGAGCGAGCUGCAAGAGCAGCGGACUUCCUCCGAGGCAGGCAAGCAGGCCCCGGAGGACGCUUACAUUCGCAUCAAUCAAUGCCUGGACCUGUCACCGUGUUUGAAUGCUUUUGGCGGAAGCAACCACGCGCAGCACAGACCUUGUGCGGGAGACGGCCCAGACUUGGAAUACAUCCAGGCCAACAGCGUGGAGGCAGCGCUGCAUUCUGGCAACUUGAGCGGGGAAGCCAGACGCUCAGUGCUCCCCAUGUUGCUCCAGGUACUUGCUUUGUUUGCCGCCUUUGUGCUGCCCUUUCUGCAGCAAUGCUGCUUUUACCUCGGGGCCAUGGCCCCACUUCAAGAAGAAUUGGACGCGGAGAUCGAGGAGAUGCUUGCUGCAUCGGUGGUCACCAUGAAGCCUCAGGCGCAAGCUGAGCGGACCAUGGACCCACACGUUGGAGCCUUAGAUGAUGCCUCUUCAGCAGUUCUGUUCUCGCCGAGAGCUGCAGCUCGCAACCUUCCAAGGGAGGAGAAAGGCUUGUGGGAGCUGACGCAGCUCCGGCGCCGGCAGCUGAAGAAGCAGCGCGCAGCACUCCUGGCUGCUGGGAAGAGAUCAGUUGAGCUGGAACGAUGGCGCUACUUUGCCGCACGAUUCGACACGGGCCUGGACUGUGCUGGGGCCUCGACUGCGCAGCGCCCCGCCCUCGCAGAGGUGAAGAGCAGUUUGGACACUGGCCAGAAUGGGUCGAAGCAGGUGAUCUUUAGCAUGAUUGCUUCUUUGUGGCAGAUGCUGGCCUGCUGUGCAUGGCUACCAUUCCCGCGUUUGGUGAAGGCUUUGCUGGUGUUGGCCUCCCUCUGCGAGGCACAGUCGCAGGUUUGCUGCCGUGCUGGCUGCUGGUGCGACCUGUCACUAUAUCCGAACAUCGAUGAGUUGAUGCAUGGCCUCGGGUACGAUCGGUGCUUGGAGGAUGGCCCAUGUGAAGCGUGCGAUGACCUUGAGAUGCAGGCCCCGCACUGCCGGGCGACAGGGUAUCGCCAGAGGGUGGCUUGCCUGCGCUGCCAAGGGGACGGCCUAUAUUUGCCACACUGCCAGCAAGGCUACAAAGUCUUCUGGGCUUCGAACUCUAGCUUCGUAAACGCAUCACUUGCGAGCCCGAGUGCAGGCCUGUUCAUGCGCAGUUGCACUGUGGUGUCGGUAUCCAAAGCCUUGCGGCACUCAGAGCUGGAGAGCUCACGCUCUGAGUUCGAGAUGCGAGCAGAGCCCGAACCCACCCGACCUGAGCGGACAGGCAGGUUGCAUGGCUUGCAUGAUGAUGGCAAUGAAGGCUUGGUGGAGGUACUCUAUUUUCUAGCUGCCAACGCGCUGGUGCUCGCCACCUUUGGCUGUUCUCUGCGACGACAGCAGCGUCGGCAGCUUGAAAAGACCAUGGAAGGUUUGUACUCCUGCGUAGAAGAUGGGCUACCUGCACAUGGUGUUACCUCCCCACCAAGGGAGAAGCCCAAGUCGAGGGAGCAUAGAGACAUCCGAAGCCCGUCGCCUGAACCUUCAGAGGCCCGAAGCAUCGGCCGUUCCAUUGAGUCCUUGGCAGGUGCAGUUGCCAAAGCCACAGUUGGGUCUCAGAAGCUGAAAUGUAAGUUUCUGGCUAUUCCCAGUUGGUCCUUCCACUGCAAGCUGUCAAGGCUGCACCUGUGGAGACCGGGCUCUGGGAACACCCAGGCCGCGCGGAACCUUGUGGAGCGCUGGCGGGCGGAGAGGCGGCGUACCGCAGGCUCCUUCACCGGACGAAGUGGUGCUUCAUCUGCCAGAUACACCAGGGGCCCCCCGGGGCCCAACCUUUACGUGGAGAUGCAGCAGGAAGCCGUCCUGGGCCGGCAAGAAGAAGCCACAAGCCCAUCCCAUAUCACGAUAAUCACUAGCACGACGUCUGGCCAAGGGGACUUCCUGGCACAUCAUAUUCCGAGUACACUGAGUACACUUGAGAGCGCCGGUCUGCAGCAGAGGGAUCCCAAGGCAGAAUUCAUGGACAUGAACCAUGCGUGCAUGCAACCAGACGACGAGUCCACGGAGAAAGCAGCGACACUCUGUGAAGUGGAAGGCUGUAUCUGUCCCGGGCACCCAUUGAAGAGAAGCGGCCAUGUUGCUACAGGCUCGGAUAACUACAGGCGCGGGCAGACUGCCAAUCUUCGUUACCAGCAGGUCUCCGCUGCAGCAGAGAAGCACACUGCCAUAGCCACGAGCGUGGCCACGGAGCUGGUCCAGCAGCCAUCUGUGGCAUGUGUGUUCACCCUUGAGAUGGGAAUCGUCAGUUUGGUUCAGCAUGAGAAGAUGCUGGGACCUUACGAACGGCGUGCUGACACUACGUGCAGCUGGCACCUGAAGGCAGUCAUCAGAAAGGGCCCGAUCCGCAGAGCUUUGGAAGUAGCAUAUUGGCCAUAUGAGCGCGGUCUGCUUGAUGAUUCGCAUAUGCACCUUCUGCGCAUCCUUGUGCACCGAAGGAUGAAAGAGAAGCCAUCCCUCAUGCUGGAGUGGUCCAAGACUCGAUCACUGAGAGAUGCCUUGCGUGUCGAGGCCCUUCCUGACAUGCCCAACAUUCGCGUCCUGUUGAACUUGGCAUAUGAGCCUCACAUGUCGGUGGACAAGUGGAGCUACCAGCUGCAGAAAGCUGAGAGGCCACUGCGCACAGGUGCAGGUCUGCGGCUUGCCGAAGGCAUGGCUGCUAUGUGGAAGAUGAUGUGUUUCCUACCCCUCGUGCUUAUCGCCCAGGCGCAGGACCCCCUAGCAGAGUGGUUGGAUGACUUGAAGUUUUCGUUGAAGGAUGUGACCCAGGAAAAGGCAGGCAUCACUGUCACGGCAUCAAAGUUGGUUUGCCAGAACCUGCAGCUCACAAGCAUUGAGUCUGCUGUGGCGGGUGUUGGGAUGUCCGUUACUUUGAACGGUGUGGGCAUUCAGUGCUCCGGGCACUUUGACUACCAUGGCUUAGCCAUCGUUAGCGGGUCCGGCGAUCUCAAUGCAGUUGUAAAGAGCAGCCCUGCUUCUACAGCGACUGUGGUGUUGCAGGGCGGCAGCUUCGACCAGAACGUGCCUUGGGCUGUGAACGCAGCGAGCUGCACCGCUGACAUUGAUUUCAAGAUCACCUUCUCGGGCUCCAUCAUCUACUCCAUCGUGAACCUGUUUUCUACCCCGAUCUCCAUGCUGAUCAGAAAGCAGGCAAUCCAGCAAGCCUGCGAUCAGCUAAAGCAAGUGGCAGCUGGCCCGCUGUCAAAGAAGCUGGCAGCUUUCAAUCAUCUAAUGCUCCCCCCGGGCUCGACGACACUGACAAACCUCCUGCUUGAAAGCAGUGCUCUUGAGAACGCGGAGAAGGUGGAUGAAGGCUUGAAAGUCACCUUCGAAAGUGUGGCAGAUGACAUGCUGGCAGCAUCAGGCCCAACCCUGUCCGGAACUCCCCCUGACAGGCUUGACAGUCCUGACCGGGCAGCCCAUGCCAGCCUUCGCUUUAGGAGGCUCGCCCAGGGAGAGGCGACUGUAGACUGGACGCGUGAUCCAUCCGUCAGUUGGAUGUCCUGGCUACUGGAUGACGUCAUCGGCCCGGAGAAGAUGGACCAGGCUCUGCGCUGGGCGUGGAAGGGCGCGCAGUCUGUGGCCAUCCCAGGUCCCGUGACCCCAAUCGCCACCAGCACCAUUCAGCAGCCUGAUGCCGGCCUGGAGCUCAAGGUAGAAGCCUUCCUGAAGCAGGCAGUGAUCGAAGGAGCUGAUGGCAUGUCCGCCUUCACCCCAGUACAGGCCCGUGGCCCCAAUGACCUGCGCUUCAAGGUGAGCUGGGGAACACCAGAUCGCCCGGCUUUUGGUCUGGGAGUGGAUGUGCAUGUGAAGGUGGAGGCCAUCGACCUCGCCACUAAGCAACCGCAGGCGUCAGUGGAGCAGGAGAUGAGCCUACACCUCGCGCUCUUGAAGCCUUCUCUGGAUGUCACUGGAGAGGUUCUCGUUCUGGAAAGCGAGUGGCCCGGCCAGCACACGCUGGCCCAGUUCUUGGUGGCACCCCAUGCAUGUCUCACCAGCGUCUUCAAGUCUGCGCCUUCUGUGAAGAAGCUGCAGGUGCAGUUCGCCGGCUUGGCAGCGCCACUCAGCUUCCAAGCGAAGACCGUGGGGGCGCUGGAGGCCUCCUUGGCCGCGUUGCUCAACAACGGGGUGGCCUUGUUUAACAAGGUCUAUGAGCCACUGCUUCCUGGUGCCAUCGAGCGAUUCGCAGGCUCGGAUGCGCUCAUGAACCAGCUGAAUGCGAAGCUGAAGGUGCAGAUGAAGCCUGAGCAUUGCAUGAGCCCAUCCAUGGCGUCGCAGCACGCCCGGCAGACGAUUCCGCAAUACUACAGCAACUGGCCUCCCAUUUUUGACAACUACCUGCGGAAGUGGAUUGACAACUUCUUCGACGGCAUGAUUGCGCAUAACACCACAGUGCUGGAUCAGGGGCUCUCUGACAUGCCGAAGCUGCCUCUACCGUUGGAUGCCAGGUUUUCUUUGAAAGAGCUACUUGCCACGGGCUUGGAUCAGGUGAGCAAGCUUCGUGUCUUGGUCCCUUCCGAGCAGCACACAAGUUGGCUGGGAAUGAGCGCGGUUGCCAAGUGCCCAAGUCCUCAGGCUCCUUGGCGGCCAACUGUUUCCGUGAGUGGCAAUGUGGAUGCCGGCAACUUCAAAGGCAACGGUUCGAUCAUCAUGGAGAUGCCCUGUGGCGCAGCCGAUGCACAGCUGGCCGCAGAGUUAGACCUCUGGGCCUUGCUGGACAUGCAACUUCCACCGAGCAUGACCUGUGCACUCCUAUCGCCGCUGUCCCACCUCGAUAUCGAGACGGUGAAUGCCACCUGGACCGGAAAUGGCAAGCUCAUUGUCAAGCCGACCGAGGGUCCUGCGCAGGAGCCCUUGCAGCAGUUGUGCAAUCUGCACCCGCGGCUCUGCGAGCUGGGCGUGAAGUUCCGCGAGUACGUCUCCACUACAGCAGGUGCCACCCGUCUGUACCACUUAGCCCGCGAUACGGUCCUCGCCAAGUGCACCGAUGUGCCAAAAUUGUCUGCGCCCCAGCCACUUGAUUCUCUACCGAAGGAUGCCUUGGGCUACAGCUAUGUGUCUCCUGACAGUACGACACUUUGGCUUGCCAGUGUCCUGAUUACCUUGGCCCUGUCUUGCACAUACAGCUUUUGUGCGCAGCUCGGCAAGAUGCUUCGUAGUGAUGACUCCUGUGAGAUGAUGCCAACCACACCAAUGCCUUUGGCCACAGUUUGCUGGUUUGGGAGUGCUCGUUCCCAGGCAAGCAUUCUCCCCAAGACCGCUACCGUAGUCACCAGCACACUCAUGGCUGCCGGACUAGUUGCUCGCAUCCUCGCGUGCUUCUGGCUGCCAUUUGCUGCAGCAGGUGUGGAAGUCAGUCAAGCCUCUGGGGCCACAGUCUUCAAAGACGACGCUUUGCUGGAAUACACCUUCUUUGGCAUCGGUGUGCAGUUUGGAGUUGGAGGCUCCCUGUACUGCGAAGUCCUGUGGUUCUUCAUGUCCUUGGUGUCUUCGCUUUCGGCCCAUGUGAUCCUCGUGCUGGUUUGGUUGACGCCUUUCCUGGCUAAGCAGCGUCGCCAGCUGCUUCUGAUCGCACUGGUGCUUGCCCGCUUCCCUCUGUCUGAGAUGGAGACAACGGGCAACACUGCCAUGGCUUUGAGCGGUGACGUGCGAAUGCCCCUGGGCAUGACGCAGACUCUGGGCCUGGGCUUGCAGGCCGGGGCCUACGCAUCCUGGUUCUCCAGCGUUUGCACCUUGCUCGCGAACCUGCUUCUCCUGAAGCUGCUACCACGGCCCAUCAAGGAGAAGGACUGGGCAGCCGGCAAGGCACCACUGCAGGUGACGGUCUUGCAGGGCUUGGCCAGUUGUGCGCUGAUCGCAGGCCUUUAUAUGUGGUGCUUGUGCGAUUUCAUGGAGGCCGUUACUGGUGGUAUUGCCGGUGCCCUUAUCGACCCGGCCUCCUUCAGUGCUGCAAGCUUGGGCGCUACUGACAUCAGGCUGAGGAUCAUGGUGAGCGUGACCGCUUUCGGCUGCCCUAUCUUACACAUCAUCGCCUUUCUGCUGGGCGUCUCUGGCAAGGCUCCCAGUGUUGCGCGGGGCUUGGCAGGCUUUGCCGCAACUUUCUGCCUGUUGGACCUCUUUGCCAUCGGCUUCUUCGUCACUUUCAUCGAGGGCGUCAACGGUUUUGCCUCCUCCGCCAUCCGCAGCAUGGCCCCAGCGAUUUGCGAGGUGGCCAAGGAGGCUGUUGGAGAGGAUUGCUUGAGCAUGCAGAUCAACAUUGUUCCUCUGGGCGCCAUUGGCUUGCUGUUGGCAGCGGGUGCUUGGAAUGUCCUCGUGGGUGUCCAGGUCCUCGGGAUCGGCCAGGGCAAGCCCGCCGGGGGUGCAUCAUGCGUCUCACGACAAGCGGCAAGCGGAUAUAGCAAAUAUUUCAACAGUAAAGUGAUGCCCUUGGCCAGUCACCGUGGCAGCUUGUGCGGCGAUGAGGGACAGGGCUGGCUUUGCAUGUCCCUUGCGUUAGAUUAUUCUGCUACACAUGGCCGCGAUUAUGCUUCAAAAGACUUUCGGUGCUUCGCGCUGCGAUUCGGACCUGUGGACUGCUGCGCCGCUAAUCGGCUGACAGAACCUGCGAACAGGCAGGCUGGCUCGGAUGGCGGAUCAACUGUCGACCGCAGGUGCUUUUGCUUGCUAUGCCAGUGUAAAUGCGAGCUACAAGAUGGCACGUGCGCUAACUUUCACUGGGGCAUUACCUUCGAAGGAAGCUGGCAGCGCUUUGCCCGCGAAUUGAAGUACGCAGGGGUCCAAGUUGGCCCAAUUGACACGACGGUGACGUACUUCCAUGCAUUGGCGAACACAAUGCAAGGAGCCCAGCUUUUCACAAGGUCGGCCAUCGAACUGCCCAAGGACCCAGCUGGCUUCCAGAAAGCCCUGGACGAGAUGGACCCGGCCCAGCGCCACGCAGCCCUGGAGCGCAUGGGGCUCAGCGCUGGCCUGCGGCCUCCGCCGCGGCCCCUCAAAACCUCCGAGGCCCGGAAGCUGAUGAGGAGCAUCUUGCAAACUCUGCGGCUGAUCUCUGCGGAGCUGAGCGAAGCUUGGGAGCUGCAUGCGGCCAGGAGCUACGAGGAAAGACUCAAAGCCACCGUGCCCUACCUUGAGGACUUGCUGAGUCCCACUAUGCAGCAGUUUGGGUUUUCCACCGGGUGGUCAGGCUCGUUUGGUGAGGUGGUCCGCGCCGUCUCUGCCGUGAGCAACCGAACCGGAUGCCCCAAGAUCGCUGCGAUGCUGGAUGAGAUGGACUCGCUGCUAACAGGGCAGCGACACGAUCGGUUUGGUCAGGGUCUCGCAGAUCAGUGGCUCUCCUUGGCAACCGCAGAGUGCCAGAACGUAGACUGUUGCAUCAAGGAAAAGGAGGUGGACUUUGGCAUGCGGUUGAAGGGCAAGGCAUUGAGCGUCUCCUCGCUUUACGGCGCCGCCGACGGCUUUACUGAAGAGGAGCAGCAGGCUGUCAAGGACUUCAGGGCCGCAGCACGUAGCUGCUAUGCCAAACUGGGUAAAAAGGCUCGGAGCCUGCUGGUGGAUGUUGGGGAUCAAGUGUUUGCUUCGUCGAAUGACCGAGACGAAGAGAAGCAGCAUGAGGAGGAGGUGGAAGCCAUGAACUCUUUUUGGGAAAGUGCCACGAAAGCUUCAGUCAGUGCGGAUUCUUUAGAGGGUGCCUUCAACCUCAAAGCAGGCACUUGGCUUGGAAACGGCAAGUGGGGCUGGGUCAUGAUGGCGCCGCGCAAGGGAUCGGACAAGCAGGCGGUAUUGAAACUCAGCGACGUCCAUCAUGCAGAUGUCACGGCCAAAGAGUGGGUCUACGGCAGCAAGAUGGGCAAGGGCCACAACAACAUAGUCAGCUACGAGGAUGUUUUCCUCUACAGCGACGACAACGGGGUUAUGAAGAAGUGCCUGCUCGAUGGAUACGCAGCAGGAAAACUGAAAUCAGACAUCCAGCGGAAGAGCUUCCCCACACACUACGUGUGCAUGACCAUCGAGAAGAUGAACUGUGGAAGUGUGCAACACUGGCUGGACAAAGAGAUGCUGAGCCCGGAAGGGAUGAUUGUCAUCCUGCAAGAAGUUGCAGCAGCCCUGGCCUACAUGCACGAGAAUGGCAUCACCCACAAUGACAUGAAGCCGGAGAACAUCUUCUUGCACAGCAAGGGCCGCUACAUCAACUCCAAGCUCGGGGACUUGGGCCUAGCGCAGAAGUCCAAGAAGACCUCCAGCGACGUCACGCGAUAUGGAAUGACGGGAUUCUCCAUGGCCACAGGUGAACACUACGGCACGCGCCACUUCGCGAAGGACAAAAUCUCCACCUUCGUGUCAGAGGUUGACGCCUGCGUCAGCGGAUGUGGUCUCACUGGGAAACUCGGGGAUGCUCUCCAGGAUUUGCCAAGAAUCCUGGACCAGGUACUUUCCGAAAAGGUGACCAUGAAGCAGGUCCGUGAUUGGCGGUCGCUGCAAGGCUUUGAGUUUCUGGACGACGGCGCCGCAUCCGGCAUCAAGCGAUCGUCUUCAGAGACUUUCAGCAGCUUCAAGGUUCCAGAGGAGAAACCCACGCCGACUACGCCUUCCAGCGGCUAUCCUUCCGGCGGCUAUGGUAGUCGGGCCGCGGAGAGGAGGACUUCCGUGGAGAAGUCCAGGAUUGAAGCGGGAAAUCUUGGCCAUUCCAGAGUUGCUGACUUGCUGACCUCAGUUGACCGGGCCCGCUAUGUUAGCAACUUGGACACGAGCAAAGGCCAGGGCGAGGGCUUUACAAUAACUGCUUUGGUUGGUUCCAAGGCUGCCAUUGAUGAUGGCCAACAGGUGGCAAAAUGGAAGGUCCGUCUUCAGAUCAUGGGAGAGCUUUGGCUUUACUGCUUCCUUCGAAACCACACGAACGAGAAUUUCUUCUACACGCGUGGCUACAUGGACAUCAUUGACGACAUGAACGGGCGGGGCUUAGGAGCCUCCGAUGUAUUCGUGGCGUUGCUGAGUCAGAACCGCGAUUUGGUCCGCAAGGUCAAGCCCGAGACAGUUACAAGGUUCCUGAAGUUCAUUCGAAUUCUCGGACCUUUGGACACCUGGUUGCACUUCCUCAAGGCACUGUGCGAUCCACAGAAUGGCGGAGCAUUGAGUGACAAGCAGCAGCUGGUCCUCUCCAAGAUUGCCUUCCCAGGCUUGCUUGCUCCUCAUCAAGAGAAGGUUGCCGUAAAACAGAACCGCGAGGAGCUCAUGAUUGCCCUGGCCCUCGAAGGGCCAAUUGGCAAGCCGCUGGCCAGGCCUGGCAAAGCCGGCAAAGUGGAUCCCAAGGAAUGCUUGGGUGCACCGCUGCUGACCCAUGGAAUUCAUGAUGUUGCCAUCUCGUGGGCGCACCCAUCUGCGUGGGAAGUGGGCAAGGUUCUGUAUCAUGGGCCUGAGCAGCUAAACCUACCAAUCCUACGCACCAAUGGAGGUCGAAAGUGGGUCUCCUUAGCACAGAUCGCAUGGGUUCUUCAGCCCAAAGAUCUCUGUCAGGAAGUAACCGGCCAAAGCUGGGCGACCGUCUUGCAGACGGAGGAGAAAGCAGUGAGCAGCGAUUGGCAACAUGCAGCCGUCAUGGGCAAGCCGCACAAGUCAAGGGAUGCGGGAAAUCCUUUCGAUGUCUCGCGAAUUGACCUGCUCCGGCUGCUGGCCCGCUACUUCCAGGCCCAGCUGCAGUUGGUGGCUUCCUUGGCCAAGGACCGGCAGAUGAACAGCGUGAUGGCGUUGCAGGAAGAAUAUUCCUACCAAACAUGUCUCAGUGGGGCCGCCGACUCUAGAUUGCCAGCCAGUAUUCGCGCAAGCUUUUACGACCUGUUGAUGGCCCUAUGGGUGGACCGGCACCCGCAUUACCAGGUGGUAGUGCCUCGCCUUAUGCGCUCUGCUCGUCCUGGCCAGGACUUCCAAGAUGAAGCCUGCACGAGCUCAAGCAAUGAGCUUCUAAGCAACUCUCAUGAGUGUCCUGAAUCGCGAUCACUUGGCGUCGACUCAGGAGUCCCCUCGCUGGAUCAGCUGAGCAAGGUAGAGCCGGAGACCCGCCAAGAGGUCACCGCACUGAGGAGUCCACAGGAGGAGUCAUCAAGCAGCAGCUUCUUGAGUCGUCAUUCACGGAGUGACAAAUCCCUUCACGCGUCGGAUGAUCGACAGGAACAAGAUGGUGAUUUUCAACAGCUCCCGUCCACAUGCACAGGUGGAGUUCUCCGGCUUGCCGGCAAGUACAAGGUCACAAGAGAAGUCAAGUUUGAUGAGGAUUGCGAUGUUCAGGGCGACAGUGCAGAGCUGCAGCUGCUCCGGCGGACGUUCUUCAAGGGAAACCUGCGCUUUUCUGGGGCUCUCACCAUCUCGAGCGCGAGAUCUUUCCUUGGCGCCUGCGUGACAGUGGGUGGCAACUGCACUGUUGACAAGAGCGCCAAAUUGGUCAUCGAGGGCUGCCACAAUGAAGACAGUACAGUCGCCACGGACUCCGACUCGCCAAAAAAGAAGCGGGCUUUUAACAGGAAGAAAAGCAGACGCACCAAGCCAAACAAGGAGAAUGGAGGUGGUCUCAACGUCUUGGGAGCCCUACAGGUUUUGGGGAACCUGAGCUUCCGCAACUGUCACACGACAAGUGUCGGAGGUGCGGCCUAUGUUGGAGGCCCCAUUCUGCAGCAGGCCGGAGUGCUGGCAGUGGCGAAUUGCUCGGCUCGAUCGCUUGGAGGUGCAUUCUUUGCCCAAGACGGCUUUCACUUGUUUGGCGGAAGUGUACACAUCUACAACGCCACAGCUGGAACCGGUGGAGGUGCCAUUUUUGUAAAGAAGCACUUCAGCCAGUCUGGCGGCACACUGCUUGUUCAAAAGAGUGGCCUCCUCAUGUUCAAAGUCAAAGGCCAGGCAAACGCUGGUGCGGGAGGCGCCAUUGCGGCCGGUGUCUAUGACCAGAGGGAACCAUCGAUGUUCAAUCAGUCCGGCGGCCUUGUGCAAAUUGAGCACAGCUGGGUCUACCGCGGGGCGGGUGGAGGUGCCAUUUUCACACACGCCUUCUACAAGUCAGGCGGAAGCCUGGUAUUCAAGAACUGCUCAGCGUGGAAGGGCGACGGAGGGGCCAUUUAUGUGAAGCACAGCUUCAACAUGUGGGAUGGUCGCCUCCACGCCGAAGAUUGCACAGCAAAGGUGCAUGGAGGUGGCCUCAGCAGCCAUGGCAACAUCACAAUUUGGGGAGGAGAGCUCAGCUUUGAGCGAUGUGCCACGAAGAGACUGGGGGUCAAUAAGUUCAAGACCCGAAACGGCGACGCUUUACAAGUCCAACCUGGCUGGAAUUCGGGAGGUGCAAUCCGGGUCAGGCAAAGCUUUACCCAGUCGGGCGGCACUGUUCAAAUUGCAGGGUGUUCUUCAACGCGGCAAGGAGGCGCGCUCGCCGCAGACAACCCAAAUGCAACCGUCACGCUUGCCGGCGGAAAUCUGAGCAUCAAUGGGUGCGCGGCACCGACUGGAGGCGGCAUCUACGCCGAGCGAUUCAGGCAGACUAGCGGCGUCUUGACCCUGCGAGAUUGUUUCGGACAGAAAGGAGGUGGCAUCUACGUUGCUCGAGGAGUGCAGCAGCAUUCUGGGGUCAUGUCCUUGCAGGGUUGCACGGCUGAGCUGUUUGGUGGAGGGAUUUUUGUCAACAGCGGUGGCUUCCACAGCCAAAGCUGGUUGAACAUCCAGUCCUGCCUGGUUGUCAAUGGGAAUGGCGGUGGUCUCCAUGUCAACGAAGGCAAUUUUAGUAGCUCCGGACCAGCAACAUUUACCGACUGUGCUGCUGAUCAUGGUGAUGGCGGUGGUAUCUAUGUUCACGGCAACCUGACCAUGACUGGGGCAGCUAGUUUUAAGGCCUGCAGCGCUGCAUACAGUGGUGGCGGCUGCUAUGUCCGUGGCUCCGUGCAAAUGGCCAACGGCACUUUUGAAAGAUGCAGGGCGGUGGGAGGUGGCGGUCUGUGGGCCAACGGCAGCAUCAAUAUUGCCUCGAUCACUUACCUUGGCGAACCUCAGCCCCCUCGUGGUUCGGACAGCUUCGUCAAGAAUCGCCAGAAGCAGCAGAUGGUGUUUGGCUUCGUAAAUUGCCCCCAGGGCUCAGGUCGCCGAGUCAGCACAAGGGAGAUGGGCUGUUACGAAUGCCCCCCAGGCCGCACACAUCUUUCGGCCAAUGGCAACGAUCCCUGCGUGGAUUGUCCGGAAGAGGCAACCCACAACUGUACUCCCACGCAGCUCACCCUACUGCCAGGGUUUAUGGCCCAAAUGGAUGAUCCGAAUGAUCUCUCACGCGUCUACCGCUGCCCAAAUGAGAAGGCGUGUCCGGGUGGGAUCAUCGAAGCUGCCGAGUCGUUGGGCCAGCUGCCGAAGAUCGUUCAGCCUAUGUGCAAGCACGGUUUCGAAGGAUUGGGGUGCCUGCAGUGCAACGACUCCACGCAUGCCAGAUCGGACGGCAGUGUGUUGCAGUGUGUUGAAUGCCCACACUCCUCACGCCAGGUUGCCCUGCAUGUGGCGUUCUACAUGGGGAAGGACGCUUUGUUGUUUGCCUCUGCCGCCCUGAGCGUGCUGAAUGUGCAGUCUUCGAAGCCCAGCAGUGGAGUCUUGAUCAACCAGCUUAUGGCCUUUGCUGCGGUGUCCGGUAGCAUCAUGUCCGGCGUGAUGCAGACGCAAUCGUUCCGAACCAUGCAACAAGGGGCCCAAGAAUGGUUGAGCGCCCUGGGCAUGGCUGUUGACAUGGCGGAUGGAACGAGUGGUUCUGCAACCAUGUCUCUCGAGUGCAUUGCCGGCCACUUUGGCUUCAGAAAGUCACUGCUCCACGCCCACGUGCUUUCUUCUUUAACGCCACUGGUCCUGAUCGUCUUCCUCUCCAUCAGACGGGACCCAUGGCUGGCGAUGGUGGUUGGGACCAAUGUCUUUCUGCCCGGCUUCGUGGCAUUCUUCGGGAAGUACUUGGUGAUGUUGAGGCUGCGUCCAGAGGGCCAAUUUGGAGGGGAGCUUCGAUAUGAAUUCCUGCCUCCAAUUCUCCACCGCUCGGCAACUGAAGUCAUUGCUGCUGUUCUUUUGGCGAUCUCUGCCUGCUUCGCCCUUGCCAUGUACGGCUGGGUGCAUGCAGUACAGCGAGGGAAGGAAGAGCCCCCUGUCCACGUCGCAUACCUCAUGCUGCCAUACAAGCCGGAGUUUGCGUUUUGGGAGGUCGAGCGGUUGGCUCGGAAAAUGCUCCUGAUGCUUGUCAGUUCGAUGCUGCCUUCGGCUGUCUCUCCGGCUCUGCAGAUGGAGGGGAUCGCCCUUGUUCUGAUAUGCUCGCUGGGGCUCUACGCCAUUUUCCGCCCCUACAAGGCCGAUGCCUGGAAUCUGGCGGAAAUGUCUCUACUUCUCGUUGCGUUGGCCAUUGCAGGGUUGACAACCUGCCUGCUUGCAAAUGAUCUCCACUGGGCACACUCACAGUCGACACAACUUGUCUUGAUUUACCUGAUCUGCUCGUUGGCUGCAGGCAUCUCCAUUGGAAUGAGUGUGCUCAUUGUCUUGGCCUUGCUGAGCGAACGCCGUGAGCGGCGCAACCAGCAGGGAGCACGGGACAUCACCGCAAUAUACCGCAAUGUUGGGUGGCUUGCGAUGUCAGCCUUUGGUUCGCUCGAUCUCGCCACGUCCGUGCGAUGUGAGCCGUUGCCGCGUGCCGCGGCAUUCUCGGAAUGCUCGGAAUGCUUCGGGCUCGCGCGUUCCCUGGUCGACAACCGCCUUCGUGCUAGGCUCGCUGUCUUUGGUCAAAGGUUCCAAAGAUCAAGCGAGAAGUACUUUCAGAAGUACCGCUUUGCAAUGCAAGUGGCGCCGCAGGAGACGGUCGUUCUGGAACGAAGUGCUGCAGUUCAUGGCUACUCAUUUCGCGCUGUUGGAUUGGGUGAGCCGUUCACAGGGGUUGGCAUGAAGUUAAUUCUCUACGACAAAGCCUUGACAGAGAUGGUUGGGCGCGAGAUCCCUCCCAAUGAGCCCGUUUUGCUGCUAGAUGCUUGGGACACGAUCAUCCUAGGCCCAGCUGAGGAGUUUGCCGAGAAGUUGCGAGCCAGCAACAUUCUUGACAGCGGCGCGGUGCUUUGUGGUGCAGAUCGAAUCUGUGCACCCGACUACAAGAUGGCACCCAAGAUGGAGCGCCAUUUCCCUGACAUCCGAACUCCAUGGAAGUAUCCGAACUCUGGAUGCAUGGUUGGCACCGCCGCUGCCAUGCGUGCUUUCAUCCAUGGCCUUGUCCACGGGACGGAUGGCGGAUCGUACACGGAUCAGGACGAUGACCAACUUCGAGUCCAAGAGUUUCUCCUUGGCUGGCAAGAACAAGGCAUCCGCUACCCUUUUCAGCUCGACACAGACUGUUUCAUCUUUCAAAACAUGGGGGAGCAAGAGUGUGGCUGGGAAUUCGAGCUGGCACCUCCCCAGGCUCCUCGCAUACGAAACAUGACCACUGGGCACCGCCCGCUCGUUGCCCAUGGUUGCGGUGGCCAUGGUAGGUGGUUUUUGUCAGACAUUUACAGGGAGUUGGAGCUGCUAGACUUUCUGGAAGUUUCGCCGGAUGACUUGGCUGGAAUGCCCUAUGCUGGCUUGGUGCCUCCCGGUGAAGAGAUGAAGGAGGAGUACUGGGUGGAUCAACCCCCCUGGGACUUCCCAUUCCAGGCUUUUGAGGUGAUACGCGGCGUUGCUAUUCGUGAGGAGCAGGAGGAGAAUGAGAAAAACAAAUCUCGUGGAAAGGAGGCAAAGCCGGACUGCUGGUCCGCCGAACACGCGCGCUCCUUGCCCGAAGAGGUUCUGUCGUUCUACAGCUUUCGGACAACGGAGAAGCUGGAGGGGCUGGUGCAGGCCGUGUGCCACUACCUUACGGCUGGUCCGAAGGUGGAGCAUCAGGUUCACAGCCAGGAGGAUGACAAUAAGCUCACGCUGGCGGCUGUGCAGACCCUGCAGUUCUUGCUUCGCUUUGGCUUCAUGCGCUCUUUUGAGACCUGCGCCCAGCUGCAACCAGCAUUGUUGCGGCUGCUAGAUGGCAGCCCACGCCUCAGACCUUGCAGGUUCUUUGGUAGAGGGAUGUGCUGUGAAGACUCCCUUUGGUAUGCAUGGCGCCGUGCAGGAACAGACUUCCUCGAGCCACCCGAGGCCAGCGGGCAUUGA